AUGGAUAGCACUGGCAGAGAUUACGUCUCUCAAGGCCGUUUACCAGAAGCGGUGCGUCUACUGCAAGAUGCCGCAGAGGCUGGAAAAGUGCACCUAGGAUCUCGCGAUUCCACAACACGCCGCUGCAUUGUCCAUCUAGCAGAAGCACACGGCCGCAUGACUGCGGAAGGGGAUGGCAAAGUGCCGGACACCAAAACGAUUUCUAUUCUAGAACAGGCGAUUAAGAUACUCGAAGAAAGUAUCGGUCAUGAUGAAACAGAUACUAUCUCGUUGAAGUACUAUCUAGCUGUUGCGUAUGCAAGACUAGACGGCCGAUUCAGAGAGUCGGAGGCCUUGCAGAAUCAGGUCCUGGGUUGGUGUCGUCGGCAACUAGGCAAUCGCACCGUGACGGCGAAUUUGAUGGUACGUAAUCUGGUACUGAUGUAUCGUCAGCUGGGAAGGAUGGACAAGGCGCGAGAGAUUGAAAAUGAAUUCGGACGUAUCCGGAGGUCAAUAUCAUGA